CAUCAAUUUCUCUAAUGCCCUUCCGACUUCAAAUCCAAAUUCAAAUCCAAAUCCAAAUAUCCGAUGGCGGUGACACACGCUGACCUUGCGCCGAGCCCAAAAAGCACCGAUCUUGGCAGCAAAACCGGCGUUUUUCUCAUGGUUUUGUCCAUUUUACUCGGCCUUGCUUGCUUCAUUCUCUGCCUUAUAGCUGAGGCCACCCGAUCCGAGGCAAAAGGAACACAAACCGAAUGUGUCUACACGGCUAAUGGAAAGCUGCCUCUCAUAACGGGCACUGCCGCGUUCUUGGCGCUUGCAUCGGCCAUGGUUGUCCAACACACGUACUUGCUGCUUGCGGUCAGCAGAUCCGACGCCCUCCUCGACAUUUCUUGGGAUCCCGUCUCCGAUUUUGCCAAGGUUAUCGCUUGGCAAGCCGGGUUUUUCUUCAUUGCAACAUGGGUGUCGUUUGCGAUGGCCGAAAUUUUACUAUUAAUCGGGAUAAGCGUGGAGUCGGGCCACCUAAAAAAUUGGGCGAGGCCGCACCCUUCUUGUCUAACCAUCCCGCAAGGUUUAUUCAUAGCUGCCGGGGUUUUUGGGCUUGUCACAGUGUUUUUUACUUCAGGCCUAUACAUCACUGCCCUACGAGCCGAGAAUUUUUGUCGCAAUAGAGAACGCACGAGGCGUGAGAUUUUAGAGGCGGCAGCCAUGUAUGCAUCCCCACCCCGGCCGCGAUCACCUGUUGUCAGGGCUGCUCCUAAUGAGGGGCCUAUGCCCGGACAUGAUCAAAAUAUGACAACAACUACUACCACUACAUUGUACCAAUAUUUGACAGCCUUUGAGAAGCCAUCAAGCUUGGUCUGAAUUGAAACAUGACACUCGUAACCAUAUUAAUUUCGAUUAGUUUGUUCAGUGUACAGAAAUGACAACAUUCAUUUGGUAUGUUAUAA